AUGUGGAUUAUCAACUGGUUCUACGACGUCCUGGCAUCCCUGGGCUUGCUCAACAAGCAUGCCAAACUUUUGUUCCUUGGACUCGACAAUGCGGGAAAGACUACUUUGUUGCACAUGCUGAAGAAUGAUCGAGUGGCUAUUCUCCAGCCUACUGCUCACCCAACAUCCGAGGAAUUGGCCAUUGGAAACAACCGCUUCACCACCUUUGAUCUCGGUGGUCACCAGCAGGCCCGCCGCCUGUGGAAAGACUACUUCCCCGAAGUAAGCGGUAUCGUCUUCCUCGUCGACGCCAAAGACCACGAACGCUUCCCCGAAUCCAAAGCCGAGCUUGACGCCUUGCUCGCAAUGGAGGAGCUCUCCAAGGUCCCCUUCCUCAUUCUCGGAAACAAGAUUGAUCAUCCGGAUGCUGUUAGUGAGGAUGAGUUGCGUCAUCAUAUGGGAUUGUGGCAGACGACGGGUAAAGGCAAAGUGCCCUUGGAGGGCAUUCGGCCUAUUGAGGUUUUUAUGUGUAGUGUUGUUAUGAGACAGGGAUACGGAGAAGGUAUCAGAUGGCUUUCUCAAUAUGUCUAA